AUGGGAACUCGUCUCGCCACGACUCAUAGCAGCUCUUUCAAUGCCAAGGGAAGGAAAACAACUUUAAUCCAGUGCUAUGCACCCACAAAUGCUGCAACGGAUGGAGAGAAAGAGGACUUCUACAGCGCCCUGCAGGCUCAAAUUGACAAAUCACCAAAAAGAGAUAUAAAGAUAGUAAUGGGAGACAUGAAUGCCAAAGUUGGAACAGAAAAUAAAGAACGGGAGCUCACAAUGGGGAAAAAUGGAAUAGGCAUAAUAAAUGAAAACGGGGAACUCUUUGCUGAUUUCUGCGCAUUUAAUGAUCUAAUUAUAGGGGGGGGAACAAUUUUCUCUCAUAACACCACCUGGACGUCACCCGAUGGCAAAACAAAGAAGAAAAUUGAUUACUUCACAGUUUCCAGAAAGUGGAGAAGAAGUUUAAUGGAUGUUAGGGCGAAACAAGGUGCAGAUGCAGCCUCAGACCACCAACUCGUGGUUGCAAUACUAAAAUUAAAACUAAAAUCCUACAGGGAUCGAGCUGAUAAACCACACUUUAAAUUCAAUACAACAUAUCAUAGGUGUCCAAAAAUAAAGGAAGACUUUAACUGCGCAACAUGGGCCAAAAUUGAAGAUAGAAAAGAGAUAAAGCAGAAGAUUAACAAAUGUAAGGAUGAAAAAGAGAAAAUAAACCUCAGAACACAUUAUUGUGAAGUAAAUCGCAUGGUCAGGAAAUGUGCAAAAGAAGACGAAAGACAGUUCAUACAUGAGAUGAUAGAGGAGGUAGAAACUGCGGCACGACAAGAAAAAAUGAAGAGGCUCUAUGAAGUAACCAGGACACUAUCAGGCAAGAACAUUAAUCCCAACAAACCAGUAAAGGAUAAAGUAGGAAAUAUCUUAACAAGUGACACAGAAUAG